ACCCCGUCUCUCACAGCGGAUCCGACUCACCACCAUAUAAAAGCUUCGAGGACGAAAGAACGGCAGUGUCACAGCGCGAGGCGCACGUCGUAGCAGAGAGCGCGCGCUCACCGCGGCGAAACAAGCGCAGGAAGGACAGAAUUUCGCAAAGGAGUAUUGUUUAUGCACGAAAUCAUUGCAGAGUGUUAAGGCCGAGAGCACGCGGUGGGGAGAGGUCCUGAGGCGAGAUGUCCGUCUCUACUCAGCUGGGCUUGCUCCUGUGGAAAAACUUCACCUACAGGAGGAGGCAAACGAUCCAGCUCCUGAUCGAGAUCGUCUGGCCCCUCUUCAUAUUCUUCAUCCUGAUCUCCGUGCGGCUGCACUACCCCCCUUACGAGCAACACGAAUGCCACUUCCCGAACAAGGCCAUGCCCUCGGCGGGCACCCUGCCUUGGGUCCAGGGGAUCAUCUGCAAUGCCAACAACCCCUGCUUCCGCUACCCCACGCCCGGCGAGUCCCCCGGUGUGGUGGGCAACUUCAACGACUCCAUCAUCUCCCGCCUGGUCACGGAUGUGAAGAAGAUCCUGAUGUAUAGUCAGAAUGACCGGAGCAUCGAUGCCUUCAAGGGCCUGGUGCGAGCCUUGAGGAACAUGCAGAGCCGUGCUGCAGGCUUCAAGCUGAAGGAUUUUCUCCGCGACGACGAGACCUUAUCGGCCUUCCUGCAGCACAACGCGUCGCUCCCGCCGUACGCCGUGCGGGAGAUUGUGGAAGCCAAGGUCAACCUGCAGAAGGUACUGAUGCAAGGGUUCGGCGUACACCUGAGAGACAUGUGCAACGGCAGCUCUCUCGAAGACUUCGUGACCAUCGCAGACGGGAACGUGUCGCUGCUGGCUCAAGACGUCCUCUGCAGCUCUCCCGCCGCGUGGCUCGACCGAGCCGAAUCUCACUUCCUGUCCAACCUCGACUUCCUCAAACCUAUCUGGAGGGACAUGAAGUCAGACCCGCGGGUGGUCCACGAGGUUUCGGAAGCCGCGGAAAGCCUCUUGAAGAGCCUGGGUUCCCUGGCGGUGGAGCUAGCCAGCAUGAAGAGCUGGAGAGACCUGCGCCAGGAGAUCCUGUACCUGACGCAGAAUGCCACCAGCUCCCCCAAGCUCAUGUACCAGGCCGUGUCACGCAUCGUCUGCGGACAUCCCGAAGGCGGUGGCCUCAAGAUCAAGUCCCUCAACUGGUAUGAAGACAACAACUACAAGGCUCUCUUUGGCAGCCACAACGGCAGCGAAGAAGAGCCCUUGUCCGCCUACGACAACUCUUCCACCCCCUACUGCAACAACCUGAUGAAGAACCUGGAGUCGAGCCCCAUCUCACGCAUGAUCUGGAGGGCUCUGAAGCCCCUGCUCAUGGGGAAGAUCUUGUACACCCCUCACACGCCAGCCACUCAGAGAAUCAUUCAGGAGGUCAACAAGACUUUCCAAGAUUUCGGCAUCCUGCGGGACCUGGGUGGCAUGUGGGAGGAGAUCAAGCCGAAGGUGUGGAACUUCAUGGAGAACAGCGAGGAGAUGGACUUGGUCCGGACCCUUCUGCAGAACAAUGCCAGCGCCCACAUUUUCAACAGCCAGCUGAGUGGGACAGACUGGAGGGUGGAGGAUGUGUCCAAUUUUUUGUCCAAGCUCUCCGAGGACAAGCGACCCCAAGGCACUGCCUUCACCUGGCGAGAGGUCUUCAACGAGACGGACCAGGCUGUGCAGACAAUCUCUCGCUUUAUGGAGUGCAUCAACUUAGACAAGCUGGAGCCAGUUGCAAAUGAAGAGAGGCUGGUGAACAAAUCCAUGCAACUGCUGGAUGAUAGGAAGUUCUGGGCAGGGAUUGUGUUCCCAGACAUUGAGUCCAACAGCUCAGAACUGCCACCCAACGUCAACUACAAGAUCCGCAUGGACAUCGACAAUGUGGAACGGACCAACAAGAUCAAAGAUGGUUACUGGGAUCCUGGUCCCCGGGCUGACCCGUUUGAAGACCUGCGCUACAUCUGGGGCGGGUUCUCCUACCUCCAGGACAUUGUUGAGCACAGCAUCAUUCGUGUAAUCACCGGUAGCAAGGAGAAGACAGGUGUUUACAUCCAACAGAUGCCCUACCCUUGCUACGUGGAUGAUGUGUUCCUGCGGGUGAUGAGCCGCUCUAUGCCUCUCUUCAUGACCUUAGCCUGGAUGUACUCUGUGGCCAUUAUCAUCAAGGGCGUGGUCUACGAGAAGGAGGCCCGCCUGAAGGAAACCAUGAGGAUCAUGGGAUUGAACAACAGUAUCCUGUGGCUCAGUUGGUUCAUCAGCAGCCUCAUACCACUACUCAUUAGUGCCUCCUUCCUGGUUCUCAUCCUCAAGAUGGGGAAUCUGCUUCCCUAUAGUGACCCAGGGGUGGUGUUCCUCUUCCUGGGGUCCUUUGCUGUGGUGACAAUCAUGCAGUGCUUCCUGAUCAGCACCCUCUUUUCCCGUGCCAACCUGGCGGCUGCCUGCGGAGGCAUAAUCUAUUUCACCUUGUACCUCCCUUAUGUGCUAUGCGUGGCCUGGCAGGACUACGUGGGCUUCGGUGCCAAAGUUGUUGUUAGCUUGCUGUCCCCGGUCGCCUUUGGGUUCGGCUGUGAGUACUUUGCCCUGUUUGAGGAGCAAGGAGUGGGAAUUCAGUGGAGCAAUCUUCUGUCCAGCCCUCUGGAGGAGGACAGCUACAGCCUCACCACCUCCAUUGUCCUUAUGUUCUUUGAUUCCUUUCUCUAUGGGGUCAUGACCUGGUACAUUGAGGCAGUUUUCCCAGGUCAGUAUGGGAUCCCCAGACCCUGGUACUUCCCCGUCACCAAGUCCUACUGGUUUGGAGAGAGCGAGGGAAAUGCGGCAUCAGCUCUUCCUAAAAAGAAUGGAAAUUCAGAAGCUGUGUGCAUGGAAGAGGAACCGACCCACCUGCGGCUCGGAGUCUACAUCAAGAAACUGGUGAAGGUUUACAGCCACGGGAAUAAGCUGGCUGUGGAUGGCCUGACGCUGGGCUUCUACGAGGGCCAGAUUACCUCUUUUUUGGGCCACAAUGGCGCUGGCAAGACCACCACCAUGUCCAUACUUACUGGGCUUUUCCCCCCUACAUCUGGCACUGCCUACAUCAUGGGCAAGGAUAUCCAAUCCGAGCUGAGCACAAUACGACGGAACCUAGGCGUGUGUCCACAGCACAAUGUACUUUUUAGCAUGCUGACUGUGGAGGAACACAUCUGGUUCUACGCUCGCCUGAAGGGCCUGUCGGAGGAGGAGGUGAAAGCUGAGAUGGAGCAGAUUGUCAAUGACAUUGGUUUGCCGCACAAGCGCAAAUCCAGAACGAGCCAGCUGUCUGGUGGCAUGCAGAGGAAACUGUCCGUGGCUUUGGCGUUUGUCGGAGGAUCCAAGGUCGUCAUCCUCGAUGAACCCACCGCUGGUGUUGACCCUUACGCCCGCAGAGGCAUCUGGGACCUCCUGCUGAAGUAUCGCCAAGGUCGUACCAUCAUCCUGUCCACCCACCACAUGGAUGAAGCUGACAUCCUGGGCGAUCGCAUUGCCAUCAUUUCUCACGGCAAGCUGUGCUGUGUGGGCUCCUCGCUUUUCCUGAAGACCCAGCUGGGCACUGGCUACUACCUUACUCUGGUCAAGAGGGACUUGGACCUCUCAAUCAGCUCCUACCGGAACUCCAGCAGUACAGUCUCCUACACAAAGAAGGAGGAUAGUGUCUCUGAAAGCAGCUCGGAUGCUGGACUCGGCAGCGACCACGAGAGCGAAACCACUACCAUUGAUGUCUCCCUCAUCUCCAAUGUGAUAUUCAAGCAUGUCCCAGCCGCACGCCUCGUGGAGGACUUGGGCCACGAGCUUUCCUACGUGCUGCCCUAUGAGUCAGCCAAGGAUGGUGCCUUUGUGGAGCUCUUCCACGAGCUGGACGACCGUUUGUUUGACCUGGGCAUCUCUAGUUACGGCAUCUCCGACACCACUCUGGAGGAGAUCUUCCUUAAAGUGGCUGAGGACAGUGGAGUGGAUGCUGAGAUGAUUUCAGAUGGCACCAUCCCGACCCGCAGGAACCGCAGGCAUGCUUUUGGAGACCACCAGAGCUGCCUCAGGCCCUUCACUGAGGAUGAUGGCUUUGACUGCAAUGACUCUGAGGGAGAUCCAGAGUCCCGCGAAACAGACUGGUUGAGUGGAAUGGAUGGAAAGGGUUCACACCAGGUGAAGGGAUGGAGCCUGAAGAGACAGCAGUUUGUGGCUCUGCUGUGGAAGAGGCUCCUGUACGCUCGCCGCUCCAGGAAAGGCUUCUUUGCUCAGAUUGUGCUGCCAGCUGUGUUCGUGUGCAUCGCCCUGGUCUUCAGCCUCAUUGUUCCCCCCUUCGGGAAGUACCCCAGCCUGGCUCUUCAUCCCUGGAUGUAUGACGAGCAGUUCAGCUUCAUCAGCAAUGAUGCUCCUGCAGAUGCGAAUACACAGACGCUAUUAAACGCGCUGACCAGCCCCCCUGGCUUUGGAACGCGAUGUGUGGAAGGAAGCCUCAUCAUGGAUGCACCCUGCGAGGGAGCAGAGGACAGCUGGACUGUGCCAAGUGUGCCAGAGAGCGUGCGAAACAUUUUCGCUAAGGGGAACUGGAGCUUGGAGAACCCCUCCCCAAUCUGCGAGUGUAGCUGCGAAGGCCGGAAGAAGAUGCUGCCCGAGUGUCCUGCCGGAGCUGGGGGCCUCCCACCUCCUCAGCUGAAGCUCACCGUGACAGAUACCUUGCAGAAUCUGACAGGCAGAAACAUUUCGGACUACCUGGUGAAAACGUAUGCUCAGAUCAUCGGAAAAAGUCUGAAAAACAAGCUCUGGGUCAAUGAGUUCAGGUACGGGGGUUUCUCACUGGGCGCCAGAAGCUCACAGGUCCUUCCCUCUGGUGAUGAGAUUAACCAGUCCAUCUCAAAGAUCAGGAGCCUCUUCAGUCUCGAAAAGGGCGCCGCAGCGGACCGUUUCCUCGGCCGCUUGUCCAGCUUCAUCAAAGGACUCGAUACCAAGGAUAACGUCAAGGUAUGGUUCAACAACAAAGGCUGGCACAGCGUCAGCGCCUUCCUUAAUGUGAUGAACAACGGCAUCCUGCGGGCCAGCUUGCCUGACGACAAAGACCCAAGCAAGUUUGGCAUGACUGCCUUCAACCACCCGCUCAACCUGACUAAGGAGCAGCUGUCCCAGGUGGCACUGAUGACGACGUCCGUGGAUGUGCUGGUGUCCAUCUGCGUGAUCUUUGCCAUGUCUUUCGUUCCUGCCAGCUUUGUGGUCUUCCUCAUCCAGGAGCGUGUCAGCAAGGCCAAGCACAUGCAGUUCAUUAGUGGCGUACAGCCCUUCCUCUACUGGUUGGCCAACUUCAUUUGGGAUAUGUGUAAUUACGUUGUCCCUGCGACCCUCGUCAUAAUUAUCUUUGUGUGCUUCCAACAAGAGGCCUACGUGUCCUCGACCAACCUGCCUGUGUUGGCUCUUCUGCUGCUGCUUUACGGGUGGUCCAUCACACCACUGAUGUAUCCAGCUUCGUUCUUCUUCAAGAUCCCCAGUACCGCAUAUGUGGUCCUCACUAGCGUCAACAUCCUAAUCGGAAUCAAUGGCAGCGUUUCUACUUUUGUCCUAGAGCUCUUUGGCAACAAUGAAAUCGGGGGCAUUAAUGACAUCCUGAAGAACGUGUUCCUCAUUUUUCCGCACUUCUGCCUCGGCCGAGGUCUGAUUGACAUGGUGAAGAACCAAGCAAUGUCAGAUGCUCUGGAGAGAUUUGGUGAGAACCGCUUCCGUUCCCCACUGGACUGGGACAUGGUGGGCAAGAAUCUCUUUGCUAUGGCCGUGGAGGGUGUCGUCUUCUUCUGCAUCACUGUGCUUAUCCAGUACAGGUUCUUCAUUAAAGCCAGGCCGUUCCACACCAAACUGAAAGCGCUUGGAGAGGAGGAUGAAGAUGUAGCAAGGGAGAGGCAGAGGAUACUAUGCGGAGGAGGACAUGCAGAUAUCUUGGAGCUGAAAGAGCUGACUAAAGUGUACAAAAUGAAACAGAAGCCAGCUGUGGACCGUCUGUGUGUGGGCAUCCCACCUCGAGAGUGCUUUGGUCUGCUUGGUGUAAACGGAGCCGGAAAAACAAGCACCUUCAAGAUGCUGACUGGAGACUCGAUCGUCACGAGUGGAGAAGCUUACCUGGCUGGAAAGAGUGUGCUGACUGAGAUUGAUGAGGUCCACCAGAACAUGGGCUAUUGCCCUCAGUUCGACGCCAUCAAUGAGCUGCUCACAGGGCGGGAGCACCUGGAGUUCUACGCCAUCUUGCGUGGGGUACCAGAGAAAGAAGUCUGCCAGGUUGCCGAAUGGGGGAUCCGCAAGCUGGGCCUCGUCAAGUAUGCGGACAAAGCGGCUGGGAGCUACAGCGGGGGAAACAUGCGGAAGCUCUCCACUGCCAUGGCUCUGAUUGGAGGGCCGCCUGUAGUGUUUCUGGACGAGCCCACCACGGGCAUGGACCCCAAGGCUCGUCGGGCCCUGUGGAACUGCGUACUCAGCAUCAUCAAGGAAGGCCGUUCGGUCGUCCUCACCUCACACAGCAUGGAGGAGUGUGAGGCCCUGUGCACUCGGAUGGCCAUCAUGGUCAAUGGGCGGUUCCGCUGCCUUGGCAGCGUCCAACACUUGAAGAACAGGUUUGGAGACGGGUACACCAUCAUCCUUAGGGUGGCCGGACCUGAUCCGGAACUGCUACCCGUCAUGGAGUUCAUCGAGGCGGAGCUCCCGGGCAGCACGCUGAAGGAGCGACAUCGCAACAUGCUGCAGUAUCAGCUGCCCUCCUCCCUCACCUCUCUGGCGCGCAUCUUCAGCAUGCUUGCCAAGCACAAGCAGCGGCUGCAGAUAGAGGACUACUCUGUGUCUCAGACCACACUGGACCAAGUAUUUGUUAAUUUUGCCAAGGACCAAAGUGAUGAGGACCAUUCAAAAGACAUUUCACUUACCAGGAAAGACACGGUUGUGGAUAUCACACAGCUGAAUUCCUUCCUCAAAGAUGGCAAGAUGAAAGAAAGCCUUGUUUGAGCUCAGUCUUUCCCGAACUCUUGGAAAUGAGCAAGUGUAUUUUUUUUUUUCCUUUCUUUAUCGUCUUUCAGUGGAGUCGCGUGCCUAGGCGCGGGAGCGACAACUCGGACAUGCCACUGAAA